GUCAAAUCCUCGACUCAAACACAAACUCAUAGCCAUCUCAGCUUGGUCUUUUUCUCUGCUUGAUACUAUACAAAUUCAAAGCAGUACCUUUUUUUUAUGUCAAAAAACAAAAUGGGUUCUUUUGUUACUAAAAUUGUCUUAAAAAUUUUCCUUCUGAUCUCUUUGUUUCAAAUCUCUUUGGCUGGAAGGAAGCUGAGUGAAGUGGUAGAAGACCACCCUCAGCUCUUGACGUACCACAAUGGUCCUCUUCUUUCAGGCAAAAUUACAAUCAAUCUGAUUUGGUAUGGCAAGUUCAAGCCUUCCGAGAGGGCUAUUAUCUCUGAUUUUGUCACUUCCCUUUCAUCUAGGACUACACCAUCUCAAAACAACCAACCCACGGUUGCCCAGUGGUGGAAAUCCACCGAGAAAUAUUACCACCUCACCUCUAAGAAAUCCUCUCUUUCCGUGUCUAUGGGAAAACAGAUUCUUGAUGAAAACUAUUCACUUGGGAAGUCGCUCAAAAACAAACAAAUUGUUGAAUUGGCAUCAAAGGGUGAACAAAAGAAUGUUAUUAACGUUGUCUUAACAGCAUCUGAUGUUGCUGUUGAAGGGUUUUGCAUGAACCGGUGUGGGACUCAUGGGUCUGCCUUGGGAUCAAGCAAUGGUCACAUCAAGGCCAAGACGUACUCCAAAUUCGCUUACAUUUGGGUUGGUAACUCCCAGACCAAGUGCCCUGGUCAAUGUGCCUGGCCAUUCCACCAGCCAAUCUACGGACCACAAAGCCCUCCUUUGGUUGCACCAAACAACAAUGUGGGUCUUGAUGGCAUGGUGAUCAACUUGGCUAGCCUCUUAGCCGGGACUGUCACGAACCCUUUCGGAAAUGGUUACUUCCAGGGCCCAGCUGACGCACCAUUGGAGGCUUCAUCAGCUUGUCCUGGAAUUUAUGGUAAAGGGGCUUAUCCAGGCUAUGCAGGAAACCUACUGCAAGACCCUACAACUGGUGCUAGCUACAAUGCUCAUGGUGACAAUGGAAGGAAAUACUUGCUUCCUGCUUUGUAUGAUCCUGCUACAUCAUCGUGCUCAACUUUGGUCUAACCAUUCGAAGUUGUGAUUAGCAUUUAGUGUCAGCAGAAUGUAAAUGUAAUUCUUUUAUUUGUUAAUUUAUUAAUUAAUAAUAGAUCAGCAAACUACUUUGGUUUGCUUCUAUCA